AUGCCUCUGGGAACUAUGCCAACUGGUGGAAAACGCUAUGUUGAUAACCCUCACAAUAGGCGCCUUGGACGUGCAGGAACACUGAUUCCACCCAGAAACGUUCGGCAGCAAGAAAUCGUGGAGGGAAACACGGUACAAGAUAUAAUCAGGCUCAUGGAAGACAUGGAUGUAGGCAUUGAGUACGAUGAGUACCAGUCUGCUGCUGACAGGUUGGCUCAGCAACAGGUAGAAGAAGAGUGGAGAGAGAAAAACAUCAGUUUCGAACCACCACCUCUAGCUAUACAAAAAAUUCCACACCAAGACCUAAAGAUAGAGAAGGAGAUUGGGCAUGGUGGAUUUGGCACCGUGUUUGCAUGCUUGUGGAAUGAAAAACCAGUUGCCUACAAAAAGUUUAUACAGCAGCAAAUGUCGAGGAGGGCACAGGAAGAUUUUGCAAAGGAGAUGAAGAUCCUAGUCAGCCUCGAUCACCCAUGCAUAGUGAGGUUGUUUGGUGCUGUUCUUGAGGAGCGGUGUCUUGGGAUAGUGAUGGAGUACAUGUCACGCACGCUUUAUCAGGCUCUAUUCAAUGACGAAUCAGAAUUCGAGGACGAAAAGAAGAAAAAGAUCGUAUCUCAGCUUGCCAGCGCCCUGCAAUACCUUCACACACCCCCGACAGAAAUUGCCCAUUGCGAUAUUAAGAAUCAAAAUGUGCUGCUAGAUAAGGAUGACAAUGCCAAGCUGUCUGAUUUUGGGCUUAGUUUGAUAAAGAAAAAUACAGAAGCAUCUCGAUCUACAGCUGCACCAGUUCCUGCCCGUGGUACUCCGCGAUACUCUGCACCGGAGGUCCUACGUGGAGAACUUCUAACUCAACAGCAAUUUUCAAAAGCCGACAUAUACUCCUUAGCCAUUUGUGUUUUUGAAAUAGUCACCGAGGAAGAAGCAUACUAUGGGCUCGGUGCAAAACAACUGGAAGCUCAAGUGGGUAAGGGGAACUUGCGUCCUAAAGCUGAAUCAGAAAUUGCUUUCUCAGCAGAGCUCUCUUCCUUCCUUGAAUCGUGUUGGGAUUCAACUGCCGAUAAUCGUCCCACUUCCACUCAAAUUGUUGAUCAGUGGAGCAAAAUAACUGAUUUGCUUGCAUGA